CCCCGACCCCGGGAGCCGGCCGUAACCCGGAAGCAGAUGCGGCUGCGCUUCCGGUCGGCCCGCACCGCUCCGCGCUCGCUCUGCGUCCGGAGCGCGCUGUCCGCAUGGCUGAGGGGGACGGCGGCGGCGACCAGAGGCAGAAUGAGGAAAUCGAGGCCAUGGCGGCCAUCUAUGGCGAGGAGUGGUGUGUUAUCGACGAUAGCGCCAAGAUCUUCUGUAUCAGGAUCAGCGACGACAUAGACGACCCUAAGUGGACAAUCUGCCUGCAGGUGAUGCUGCCGAGCGAGUACCCGGGCUCAGCGCCCCCUGUGUACCAGCUGAAUGCUCCUUGGCUUAAAGGGCAGGAACGGGCAGAUUUGUCCAACAGCCUGGAGGAGAUCUACAUACAGAAUAUUGGUGAAAGUAUUCUUUACCUCUGGGUGGAGAAAAUAAGAGAUGUCCUAAUACAAAAGUCUCAGAUGGCAGAACCAGGCCGGGAGGUGGAGAAGAAGACGGAGGAGGAAGACGUGGAAAGUGAAGUUGAAGUCCUCGUGGCGUGCAAGCCCGAGCCGGCAGAGCGAGCGCUGGGUUUGGACGUGGGUGCCGGUCAGACAGCCGGUACAGCAGCCGGGAUGGUUGAAACGGAGGAGCUGCCCCCGAUCGACCACGGCGUGCCCAUCACCGACCGGCGGAGCACCUUCCAGGCACACCUGGCUCCCGUCGUCUGCCCCGAGCAGGUGAAAAUGGUUCUUGCCAAAUUGUAUGAAAACAAGAAAAUCGCCAGCGCCACCCACAACAUCUACGCGUACCGAAUAUUCUGUGAGGACAAGCAGACCUUCCUGCAGGACUACAGUGACGACGGGGAGACGGCGGCUGGCGGGCGCCUGCUGCACCUCAUGGAGAUCCUAAACGUGCGGAAUGUGCUGGUGGUGGUGUCACGCUGGUACGGUGGCAUCCUGCUGGGGCCCGACCGCUUCAAGCACAUCAACAAUUGCGCCCGGAGCCUCCUGGUGGAGAGAAGCUACACGGGGUCGCCGGAGGAAUCGUCGAAGGCUUUGGGGAAGAACAAAAAAGUGAGAAAGGACAAGAGGAGGAGUGAACAUUGACACCCACACAACGUAAAGGUCAGCUUCCCCGUCAUCAGAUGCCAGUUCCAUGCUCAUCAGACGCCCUGAGGGGGAGGGCCCGGCCCGCAGCCAUCCUCACACCAGCAUCUCGGCCCCGUGUCACGUCAUCGCCAGCACUGGACCCUGCUGUCCCCGGAGGACGUCACAGGAACCUCGUCACCCCCCCCCCCCCCCCCGGCUGAGGAGGGAAGCUGCAGGGCCGCGCCGGACUGUCUGGGCCAGCCCGUGUCAAGUGCCUUUGGCGGUGGGAGCAUCUCUGGGAGCGUCAGCGCUGAGCGGAACAGCCUCUGCUGAGCGGUACGGCCCCACUGCUCUCUGUGGCUCCCGGGAGCGGCUUCCUGUGGUCUUUGUUCUCGAUGUGCCAUCCCUGAGGCGAGGCGGGGACGCAGGCCUGUCCACCGGCCGCGACGGGCUGUGUGACUCGUUCACACGUGCUGGCAUGAGCGUUGUGCCUCGGUUUCUGCUGCAGUUGGUGUCUGUGAGUUUCAAAAAGUGACUUUCUAGCCCCUUCCCUUUGAUUCAAUCCUCGAGGCAUGAAGCUCCCUCCCGCCCUGACGUGUCUAUUCUGUCUCCAACCAGGAAGUACUUUCCUGUGAGCUCCUGAGGAGCGAGGCUGUGCUGGGCGCGAGGCUGUGGCUGACGAGGGGAAAGGAGACGGAGAGAGAGAACCAUCAGUGAUGAGAGUCAUUCAUCGACUGCCUCCUGCACGCCCCCCACUGGGCAUCGAGCCUGUAACCCAGGCCUGUGCCCUUAACCGGAAUCUAACUCAUGACCCUUCAGUCCACAGGCCGAAGCUCUAUCCACUGAGCCAUACCGGCUAGGAUGGAUUCUGAGAAAUAAGAUCUAAAUUAUAUUUGUUGUACGUGUUUAAUGUUGCCAGUUAUCAAUUGUCAUCAGAGGGUGACAUAUAUGUAUUUAGGCAGGACACAUCAAGUUCCAUGAAAAGCUAAGUAUGCCCUGUAUUAACUUAAAAAAAACAAGUUAAAAACUACCAAUUAGCAUGAACCUAAUGGCACAGUUUUGGCACAUCAAGCCUGUGGUGGGAGCUAUAAAACAGCAGUCGGAUUUGGUGCUGCAGAAAAACAAAUUGGAGUUCGUUUUUCUGUACCACCAAAUUUGAAUUCAUUUCUUGCUGAGUUAUCUAAUAUUUACUAAAGUCUUUUAGAAAACUUUUAUUUCUGGGAUCUCAAUUUUCUUUAAAAGCAAUCUUAUUUUUGCUUCUUUCUACAGAAUUAUUAGCCACAUUACCUCAGACACCUCAUUCCUUUGCCUCAGGCAGCUGCCUAAUGAGAAUGUUGGUGUCUCCGAUUCUGGAGCCUGAGUUACUUUGUUUUCUGUUUGGAUGGACCCCUCUCCAAUAAUCGAAUCUGUUUUUCUCUAUUUAAAAAUUUAUCUCAAGUCCAUGCCCAUGUGGCUCAGUGGACAGAGUGUCGGCCUGCUGACCGAAAGGCCCUGGGUUCGAUUCUGGUCAAGGGCACGUGCCUGG